UUCACCUGAGAGAAGAGCCGAUCCACGUCAGCGUCAUUGCGUCACGAGCUCAUUCAUCCUCCCGCUGCUGCAUGUGGCUGUUCUAAUCUGUCCUGUAGCGUGUCUAUCAGCGGACGUUCUCCUUCUCCUUCUCCUCCUCCCUUUCUGCCGCAAUCUCUCUCCUCUAUCUUUAGCUCUGUACCACGCGGGCAGCGGUUUAACGCUCUUCUUGAGUUGAAGCUCGCAUCUUUAUUCGGGCCGGUUUGUCUCUGUCGGUCGUGUACGUCCAUCCGACCCACACACAUGUGGGAAUGACACUCCGGAGGUUUUAUCUGCUGUCCUGGACUUGAGAAGCGCAGUGAAGGAUGUUGUUUUCCCCGAGCCGGAGCGCACGGCGAGCCCGGGCCUCCCUCCUCCUGCCCGCGGUCUUGAUCUGCGUAAUCCUCGCCGCCGUCGGUGCGAGAAUGCCGGCAAACAAGUGCCCCGAUCACAUAGACUGUGCCAGAAAGGGGCGGCACUUCUGCAAGCCUGGCUCCUCCCACUGUGGCCCCUGCCUCACCCCAUUGAAGGAAGAUGAAGCAGGACAUUGUGUUGCUCGCAGGACACACUCUCCCCAGCACCACCAUCACGGUAUUUCCACAGCCUCUCAUCCUGACGUUGAUGAAGAAAUCGACUAUCUGUCCUCUGUUAUUAACAAGCAGCAAAUGUCAGAAGUCAAACAGCCAGACUCUCGCUCACAGUCUCCUCCGCAAUCGAAGCAGAAGAGUCUGUACAAACCCACAACUGUAGAACCAACGACCAGCGGUCCAUUGAUCCCAACACACCAGACCCCUAAAUCUCCCCAGCCAGUCACAAACUCGUCCGACCGCCACGGGCCGAUCAUCUCCCCCCACUCUUCCAGAGACAGCCUGCUAGUCUUGAUGAUAUCUUUAUGCAUUAUUGUGGGAUCCAUGGCACUCAUCAUCGCUGCAGUCUGCUGGGUCAGGUUACAGAGAGAAACUCGUCUGGCUCAGAAAGUUGAUUUCCCUGCGUUUCAUGCUGCGGGCCCCAAUCAUAAUCAUACUUCAUCUGGGGAUACAACUCUGGCUCACAGUGCUCAGAUGUAUCACUACCAGCAUCAGAAACAACAGAUGCUUUCAAUGGAGAAACGUAAAGCAGAACCUAAAGUCUCAGAGUCUGGGGCCUCAUCAGAUGAGGAGAAUGAAGUGGGAGAUUUCACUGUGUACGAGUGCCCUGGACUGGCACCGACUGGAGAGAUGGAGGUGAAAAACCCACUUUUUGACGACUCCACCUUGCACUCCCAGAGAAAUCACAAGUGACCUGGACACACACACACACACACACACCCCUGCAUACUUUUAGAAUAGGUCUAACACACCUAAAAGCAUUCCUCCACAGGGUGAAGCUGCAUCUGUUACACCACACACAAAUGAAAAAAGAUGACUGAAAAAAAUUGGCGCUGAUGCCUAGCCCUUCAGAACAAAGUGAGAAAAACACCCAAA